UGUAGCCCAGAAGAAAACUAUUUUUGCGGCUGGGUCGUGUUUUCAUCUGCCGUAAAGUGGAGGAAGGUUAAAGCACCUCGGAUAAGAGUCAAACAGGGUAAAUUAACAGCAUCAUGCCGAUUCUGGACAUCCACUCAUGGCUCGGCAUCAGCAUUGACCGCUGGGUUCUGCUGCAGAGCAGCGAGCAGCCAUACAAGCGGGCGGCGCGGUGCCACGCCUUCGAGAAGGAAUGGGUCGAGUGCGCCGACGGCAUCGGCCAGACCCGGGCCAAAAAGGAGUGCCAGGUGGAGUUGGAGGAUUUCUACGAGUGCAUGUCCCGGCGGAAGACGCGUCAGAGGAUGCACGCCAUCCGUGACCAGCGUGACAAACUGAUAAAGGAGGGGAAGUACACACCGCCCCCUCACCACACCGGCCAACCCGACCACAAUCCAUGAAGGAUCUGACCUCAGCCCAGUUUCUAUCAGAUUUCACCGUUUCCUGUUCCGCUGUAAAAAUGUGCAAGUAAUAAAUGUUAAUACCUAC